AAUCUAAUUCCACUGUGAAAUGGUGAACGAAGCAUUUAAUUUAUAGAUCAGCCAUCAAUAUGACCUUACUCAGAUUCUGCUUUUAUUUUGAAAGAUAAACAGGAAGUGUACGGGUGUGUGAUUCUUGUCCUGACAGCAACAACAGCAGGGUCAAAUAGAGAGCUCCUCACUGGCUUCGGAGGACGUCCUCCCCGCCUCGGGGAUACAUUUCGGACGGGAUGCUUGGGUCCACCGGGCUCUUCCCGGUCCAGCCGCCCUCUGCCUUCCCGCUUCCGGACCCAUGACGCCCCGGCCCCGCUGAUGAAGGCCCGACCUGCUGAAGCGAGGCGGAUAGCGGCCGGAGACGCUGAGCAUGUUGCACUGGCGCGUCGGGUUCGCCUGGACAGGCUCGUGUGUGGUUGAUCUUGGCCAGAACCAGAGCUUCUCCUCCGGCCUGCCGGGCUCCGAUGAGCACUUUUAUGGGUCCAUCAUCGCCGUCCGUCUCCGGGACUACGGCGGGAUGAUGUCGGCGCUGGGUUCGGAUUCGUGGUGGAGAAGGACGCUGUACGUGACUGGAGGGGCUCUGCUGGCCGCUGCUGCGUAUCUGCUGCACGAGCUGCUGGCCAUCAGAAAGGAAGAGGAGCUGGACUCUAAAGAUGCCAUCAUACUCCAUCAGUUCUCCAGGCCCAGAUCCAGCUUCCCCUCCCUGUCCCCUUUUUGUCUUAAGCUGGAGACCUACCUCCGCAUGGCCGACCUGCCCUACCAGAACUGCUUUGAUGGAAAGCUCUCACCUCAGGGGAAGAUGCCGUGGAUCGAGUACAACCAGGAGCAGGUGUUUGGCACCGACUUCAUCAUCGAGUUUCUGGAGGAGAGGCUGGGCGUGAGCCUCAACAAGGGCCUAACCCCGCAGGAGAGGGCCACGUCUCGAGCCAUCACCAAGAUGGUGGAGGAGCACUUCUACUGGACUGUAGCUUACUGUCAGUGGGUGGAUAACCUGGAGGAGACCCAGAAGAUGCUGUUGGUGAGCGGACCUCUGAGCGACCUGCUCAAGUGGAUCCUGAGCCACCUGACUGGCGGGAUCCUCAAAAGAGAGAUGUACGGUCACGGGAUCGGUCGUUUCUCCACGAAGGAGGUGUACUCACUGAUGGAGAAGGACAUGCGCACGCUGGCAACACUUCUAGGUGAGAAGAAGUACAUGAUGGGCUCUAGGCUCUCAGCAGUAGAUGCUGCCGUCUUCGGUCAUCUGGCUCCGGUCAUGUGGAUGCUGCCUGGAUCCCGACCAGAACAGCUCAUCAAAGGUGAGCUGAUCAACCUGGCCAUGUACUGCGAGCGAAUCCGCCGGCGGUUCUGGCCCGAGUGGUUCGUGGACCUGGAGGAUCUGCGCUACAACGCUGCAGGUGACAGCGACACGCCUUCAAAACUCCCCGAUUUGGGCCUCUACUCUCGCUCGGACACCUCCGGGGAGACGGUGUGCUCGUACACGUCGUACGAAUCGUGCACGCGCACGCCGCAAGAACCGCAGGAGCCUCCUUCUCCGGUCAGCGACCCGACGGGCCACUCGCUCUACGACUCCGACAUGGACACAGAAUGCUCUGAAACGGAUCAGCUCAAGUGUUGACAAAACACACACUCUGGCAGCACACACUCCUGUUGCACACGUGCACUGGAGGGGAGCGGAAUCACACACACACACACACACACACACACACACACACACACACACAUGCUUCUGACAACUAAACAGUGGGGGAGAAUUUCUGGAGGUUGAAGGAGCGCAGAGUUGCAAACUAGUGCAGGAAAGAUCCCAGAAACGAGGUAAAGAGAGAGAAUGGUGCUAAAACCGAGAGCCGGUGGAAAAGUAGCUAAACUAGAGAGGGCGUGUCCGUGUCACAUUGUUGUAACCAUGACAACGACACAUGCUGUGCAGCCUCGUGUGUUUUGUGUGUGUGUGUGUGUGUGUGUGUGUGUGUGUGUGUGUGUGUGUGUGUUUUGAUCAUCUUGUGCUAAAUCCAUACAGGUUUUUAGUGUUUGGAUCUGAGCAGAACUGAACCGAACCAGUUCAGUGUAAACAAAAUGAAUCCCAUUUAUUAGAAUAACAAAUUAUUUUCUGAGCAUAAAUCAUAGAUAGAAAGUAAAUCUUUUAUCAUAUAAUGUAAAUACUGUAAGUGUUCCAUUUGUUUUAAACACGGAUGAGAAAAAAAGUCCUCCCGCCUGGAUUUAACCCUCUCACUGUCUUUAUGGGCGACCCGCGAGGAAAGUUGACCGUUGAGCAGGAUUGAUGGUUUAUCCCUUGAGGUCCACGUGGAUUCAAUUCAAUUUUAUUUAUAUAGCGCCA